CACGCGCCGGGCGCCGCUGGCUGCGGGGCCGCCGCGCGCCGCUGGCCCGCGGCCCUGAGGGGGAGCGGGGCCCCCGGCCCGGCCCGGCCCGGCCCGCCAUGGAGGUGUACAUCCCCUCCUUCCGCUACGAGGAGAGCGAGCUGGAGCGGGGCUACACGGUCUUCAAAAUAGAGGUGCUAAUGAGUGGAAGGAAACAUUUUGUGGAGAAGAGGUAUAGUGAAUUCCAUGCACUUCAUAAAAAGCUCAAGAAGUUCAUAAGAACUCCAGAGAUCCCUUCAAAGCAUGUGAGAAACUGGGUCCCCAAGGUUCUGGAGCAGCGACGGCAAGGCUUGGAGUUGUACUUGCAGACAGUAAUUUUAGAAAAUGAAGAGCUCCCUAAAAUAUUUCUCGAUUUCCUGAACGUUCGCCAUGUACCUACCUUGCCAAAAGCAGAAAGCUAUGGCUCUUUUGAUGAAACGGAAUCUGAAGAAUCAAGCAAACUGUCCCACCAGCCUGUGCUGCUGUUCCUAAGGGAUCCAUAUGUCCUGCCUAAAGCCAACGAUGACUUUGCAGAUGUGGUUAUAGAAGGCAUUCUACAUGGAAUAUUUUAUCCUCAUUUACUGCCCAGGUAGAAGUGACACAUGGCUAGAAGCAGCUGAAUCACGUUCCAAAUCAUGUUUAAUGAAAUAACAGGAAUGAAAUUCUGUGAUGUGAAAAUUACAUUCAGAAACAAGAGGCACAACCUCAGUUUAAGUUCAAGCAUUUUAUCUUUUUUAAUGAAAUCAAUGUCACUACAAUUGCUGCUUUAAAAAAAAAAAAAGAUAUGGAAACAACAGUAUUGAAGUUAUUUAUACCUUCUGUAUAUUGACAUGCUCUUAACUAUUUAACACUAAAAGCUGAAAGUCAUACACUGAAUUACACUAACCUUUGAAAAGAAUUGAAAGCUUUACUAAUUACUUCAGUAAUUUCUAUCAUAAAUUACACUAAACCUUUUUGCACCAGUGUUUUUUCCCAGCACAUUAUCCAUUGCUGGCAGUGGAAGGAUUAAAAGUGCUGGCACUGAAGAGAGUGUGAAAAACUGCAAAAAAAUCAAGAAAAAAACAAAGCAAGAAAAAAUCUGCUCCUUAAUAUCAGGUUGGAAACGAGCCAGUGCAGGUGUAUGAAGAGUUUCUAUUGGAAAACAUGCUUCCACGUUCUGAAGUAUGUAACUCUCUCUCAGGAAAUUUUCCAGAUUUCAGUUGAAAUUAUUUUAUCUACUAGGAGUUUUUACAUGGCAUUUACACAUUUCCAUUCAGUUGUGAUGUCUCAUGUGUUUUUACAUCAACUUGCAGACUGUAUUCCAUAUCUUAACAUUUUAUAAGUCACAGAGUGUACAAUUCUGUGCUAAGCUGAAGCAAGAAUAUGAGUAAUUAGAAAAACGAUAAUGCUAAAACUAAUAGAUAUAUAUACACACACUAAUAUAUAUAUUUGUUCAGAAUUAACUGGAAAUUUGUAUGUCUGCUAUUGGACAUUGUGAAAUAAAUUACUAGAACAUGAA